AUGGCUGGAGGUGGAGUAACCCCUGAGAAUGCAGCAAGCAUUGUCGCCCAAUCAGGCGUAUCACACAUCCAUGCCUCGGCACGAUCGUUUGUACCGCAAACGGAGAAAAUCCACUUCAAUCACCUCUGCCCAUUUCGUGCAACAAGUAUGCCGUAUGAAGGAUGUGUCAUGCAAACCAACGCUCAAAAGCUGGUUCGUGCAAUGUUCGACGUGGGCCUUCGCGGCAAAAGCGGGCGAGCAUCCCCUUCGCCAUCCUCUGGCGAUUAUGGAAGCCGCGGCUCUGAAAGCAGCAGCGAUGUGAUUGGCGGCCGCUACCGGCGCUUGCGGGUGAUCGGCCAUGGCUCGCAUGGCAGCGUGUGGGAGUGCGAGGACGUCCGCACGUCCGUCCGCGUCGCGUGCAAAUCCAUUCCACACCAUCGGCGUCCCGCCGCCGGCGGCGCCGCAGUUCCCGCCGGUGUUCCCGCCGCGAGAGGCGGCGCAUCGGGCGCGCGGCACGCUCCACCGCAGGAGCAGUUUCAGGAAGUCUGUACCGAGGUAUCCGCGUUAAAGACGGUCGGCGGACAUCCGAACGUGGUGCGGCUCGUCGACGUAAUAGUGGGCUCCGCCGAGGCGCACCUCGUUAUGGAGCUCGCGUCGGGUGGGGAUCUCCUAACGGAGCUCAUGCACCGCGGUCCGUUGGACGCGCCGCUGGCUGCUACAGUGUUCCGGCAGCUCGCCUCGGCUGUCGCGUUCUGCCACGCGUGCGGCGUCAUGCAUCGCGACAUCAAACCAGACAACGUGCUGCUCGGAGGGAUGUCCGCCCAACGGCAAGACAUGGGGGCCGGCACGCGCGUAUACAUGGCGCCCGAAAUCACCAGAGUGUCUGAAAUCAUGAGACGGGAAAGCACGAGACCGGAACUCGUGGCAGCGGCAGGAGCUGAAACGGGGAAGUAUGGCUUUAAGGCGGACGUUUGGAGCAUGGGUAUGACUCUCUGCACGAUGCUGACUGCGCGAAUCCCGACUGUUCCUUUGGAUUUCGAGCAUCCGGCGUGGGGAGGGGUGCCGGCGGAGGCGAUGGAUUUGGUCCGUCGGAUGCUGGUGGUGGACCCAGAUCAACGGCUGAGCUCGUUCGAGGUGCUGGAGCAUCCGUGGCUGAACCAGACGGCCGUUCGAUCGUUGGACCCGGCCGUGCGCUGCCCCCACCUGCUCUCGCCCUCCCUGCCUGGCGAACCCACUGGUAACCAGGUUACACGGAUCGUCUGUGCGUAG